GAAGGAGAAGAGCAGAUAGUGGCGCUAUCACUGGUGCUGGUUUCUGCAAAUGAGUCCCCGUGUUGGUCAGACAGGAGGGAUGUGUGUGUUGUGUGUGUGUGAAACCAGAGGCAGCGCAGGAAGGAAGUGGGCAGGAUGGCGCUGAGUCCUUUGAUACCAAAAAGGGGAAUGGCCGAAGACAGCCCUGUUCCUGUUCACUGCACCUCCACUAACCCUCAUUGCAUCGCACCAUUCUUGAUUCUCCACCCCAUUUCAGAGAGCUGUGUUCUGGUCUAUUGGGGCCAAUCCAUAGGGGAAAUUGUCACUCCUCGAUCCCUUGACUGGACAACUCCCCUGGUUGUGUGCUGCUGGAACCCGUCGCAGUGUUUCCCAAGAUGGCCACAACAUAUCACAGCACCCCUCGGUCUUUUUCGAAAUUUGCUUCUUCUGUAUCGCUUCAACUCUUACGAGAAGUGUCUCAAUUAGGCCCCACCAGCAUCUUAAGCUUGCUUCGCAUUAACUCUGUCUAUUCAGGGUUUGGAAUCUCAAUAAGAAGAUCGCUGUUGCUCAUGUGUCUGUCACUCGCUGUCUAGCUUGGGCUCGACCACCUUGUAUUUCAGGAUGGCAUUUCUCCUCUUGGUAGGAUGACAUAUU